UGUGAGCCAUUGCUAGGCCAUGCACUUUGAGUCCCACACGCAACGGGCAAUACAAAUCUUGUGCCCUUUCCAUCAACACAACACAACACAACCAACCUUGUGCAAGUUCCAUCCAUACAUGACUCAUUAUUAUAUAUACUCUGCUCAAAACUAACACCAACUAGUACACUAGUUAAUUACAACAAAAUAAUUUAUAUAUCGCUCUCAUGCUGUCAGGAGCCAUGCCCUUGACACGUGCAGUUGACACCAUGAAUUGCACCCACUCCUCUUCACCCAUUUCAUCACUCCCCCAACUUCACCAACCAUAACGUCUCUUCCUCUCUGCGUUGCCAACGGUUUCACGAGACUAGUGUGCACUUCUUUCCCUCCAGUAAAAUGCUACGGUUACAUAUGUAUCCUCUAUAUAUUAGGGACCAAACACCAGGCUCCAUCUCUAUAGCUGCUAGACAUACUCUUGUUCCUAGCAAGCUAGCUAGCAAUGGCUGAUCAGCCACAAGGGAAUCAUCGUGGCACUUCUGGAAGCUGCCUUCGAAAGGCCACGUCUGCUGGCACUGGAAAACAACAACAGCGAACAGAGCUAGAUCAUUAUCAUCAUAAAACCUGUAGUACUGUGGCUUCAGCUCCGUGUGGGGCAUGCAAGUUUUUGAGAAGGAAGUGUAUUAAUGAUUGCAUCUUUGCUCCCCAUUUUGGUUCAGACCAGGGAGCCGCGCGGUUUGCUGCAGUACACAAGGUGUUUGGCGCAAGUAAUGUCUCAAAGCUUCUGCUGCACUUACCUUUGAACCGCAGGCAUGAUGCUGUCGUUACUGUAUCCUACGAGGCUCAAGCUCGCCUCUCUGACCCGGUUUAUGGUUGUGUAUCCACCAUACUUGCUUUACAACAGCAGGUUGCAUCUUUACAAACCGAGCUUGCAAUGGUGCAAACUCAGCUGAUAAACAGUAGAUUUGCAUUUGCAAAUGCCAUUCAAAGCUCGCAGCAGCAACAGCAAAACAUGGCAUUGCUGCAGCCUGCCUGCUCCAAUAAUUCAUCUGCUUCGACUAACCUGAUCAACAUGAGUAGCUUCACCUCCAAUAUUCAUGACCUCGCAGCAGAGACAGCACCAUGCUCCCACAUCUUGAAGCCUCUUCUGCUCUCAAGACCUACACAAGAUGAAGAAGAAGAUGAGCACCAAAGUCAAGUGCCCCACCAUUUUCGCUACUGAUCGAUAUAGAUAAUGUUCACAAAAUAGAAUUCGCUUCCGUCUUUCAUUGAAAUUUAUACAAACUCUCUCUGAUCUCUCUUUCUCUCUCUCUACCCCUCCUGGAUGCCGAUACACACUGGAGCUAAAUAACAAAUGUGCCAAGUCUAUGAAUGCAAGCUAGAAAUAUAAAGUAACCGAGAAAUGCCGACUAGUAUAAACUUCUUCUAAUGCUUCUAUUUUUUUUUUCCUCCUCUUUUUUGGAAACUAAAUGUUGAUUGCAUCAAAACA